AUGGCUUUCGCUCACACCCGUGUGGCGGUUCUCUCCUUUGCGGUCGCCGCCUUGGCCAUCAAUCUCAACCUCAAUCACACCGCGUCCGUCAUCGACGCUGCAUCGAUCGCCGCUCGAGGUCUCCGGUCCCUUUACAAUGGCGACACCGCUGGUGGCGUACUUGGCAAAUUCCCUUACCCGCCAUACUACUGGUGGGAGUCUGGCGCGGCCUGGGGGGGUAUGGUUAACUACUGGCACUACACCGGCGACGAUCAAUACAACAACAUCACGUGGGAAGCCUUAGUCUCGCAGAUGGGCCCUCAGUCCGACUGGGUUGUGCCUGUUGAGGCUUUCAACGAGGGCAAUGAUGAUCAGGCCUUCUGGGUCUUUGCUGCGCUGUCUGCUGCCGAGCACGGUUUUCCAGAGCCACCCGCCCCCUUUCCCACCUGGAUCACCACUGCUCAGAACGCCUGGCAGCUGUAUGUCGAGAGAUGGAAUACCACCAACUGCAAUGGUGGCCUGAAAUGGCAGUUCUAUCCGGAGAACAAGGGCUACAACUACAAACAAUCCAUCGCCAACGGAGCGUUUUUCCAAAUCUCGGCUCGUCUUGCUCGAUACACUGGCAACAACACCUACCUGGACUGGGCCAACAAGAUCUGGGACUGGACAACGGGUAUUGGUCUGAUCGACAACAUCUACAAUGUCUUUGACGGCUCGGAUGAAUUGAUCAACUGUACUCGAGUGGAUCACCACCAGUGGACAUACAACGUCGGAGUCUUCUUGUAUGGCGCCGCUGUGUUGCAAAACUACACCAACGGUAGUGACGUCUGGUGGACGCGAACCAACGGCCUCCUCGAUGCUACUUCGACCUUCUUCUCCCCUUUUCCGAAUGCGACCGGCAUCAUGUUUGAGGCUCAAUGCGAGCUUGACAACAGUUGUAACGUGGAUCAAUUGUCCAAGAAGGCCUAUCUCGCACGCUGGCUGGCUGGUACAUCGCUGAUGGCCCCAAACACCGCCGGCAAGGUUGGUGCUUUGCUAAAAGCUUCUGCUGCCGGGGCUGCUGCCGCUUGUACUGGUGGUUCCGAUGGCAGAACUUGCGGAUUCCGCUGGUACACUGGUAGUUACGACAACAACACUGGAGUAGGUCAGCAGCUUUCUGCCAUGGAGAUCAUGUACACAUUACUUGUCAACCAGACCGCGCCACCCAAGACUUUGUCCAAUGUGGUAAUCAGGGAUGCUCCUGCCAACUUGACCACUCCCACCACGGAUCCGGACUCAAGUUCGACUCAUCGGCCUCUCCAUGAUGGCCAACCUCCACUCGGUACGGUUCCUGGACUGGGUUUAAUGUUUACUCUAACGACUAUUCUCAGUUUGAUCUGGUCCAUAUGA